AUCAGAGCAACUGCAAACUUUUUCAUAUUAUACAAGUUAAACAAAACCGCGAAAAAGACAUAUACGUUGGAAUCAUAAAGUCCAUUGCAUUUUCGUGAUAAGACAAACACCAAAAACAACCUCAAAUUCAUUCUGUCAGACUCUGCAGCCACCACCUCAUUCAUCCAGAUACCGUACUCAAAGGACACAAUGGGAUCAACUCCGGAAUACAACCUGCCCCCGCAGGAGCUUACAUUUGACGGGUUUCUCUUCGAUAUGGACGGUACUAUUAUCGACUCCACGGAAGCAGUAGUGAAGCACUGGGAAACAAUUGGGAAUGAGAUAGGCGUUGCCCCCGAAGUUAUCCUUGAGACUUCUCAUGGACGACGAAGCAUCGACAUUCUCAAGAUUCUCGCACCUGAAAAGGCGAACUGGGAUUAUGUACGUGACAUGGAAGGACGUCUACCCAAGUACCACGGCCACGAGGCUGUCGAGAUACCUGGCGCCCGUUCCAUGCUAGAAGCACUUAUCGCCAGAUCUAGCCCAUGGGCGAUCGUCACCUCGGGCACCGUCCCUCUCGUCACCGGAUGGCUACGUGCUCGAGACCUGCCCACACCGCCGUCGGAUCACCUCGUCACGGCAGAGUCCGUCGAGAAUGGUAAACCUGACCCCGCCUGCUACCGCCUCGGCCGUGAGCGUCUCAGUCUGCAGGCUGAGGACGCCCAGGUCCUCGUCCUCGAGGACAGCCCAGCAGGGAUCCGCGCAGGAAAAGCAGCAGGCUGCAAAGUUCUCGGCCUGGUAACUAGCCAUACCGUUGAGCAGGUCAUCGCUGCAGAACCAGACUGGGUCGUUCGAGACCUCUCCUCAGUCAAGGUGCUUCGGAGCGAGGGCGGAAAGGUGACUAUCGAGAUUUCAAAUGCGCUCCGAAUAUAAUUGAGCCUCGGCAUUGGGUGCAUCAGCGGAGCUCAUGGUGGAACUGUGGUGGGUGAGAGUGAGUGAGUGAGGGAGGGUGAGGGAUAUGGAGCCGUGAGGGAGAUGUAAAAAAACCACUUGAUUUCAUCAUGACGAUGGAACAUUUAGUCAAUAGAUCCAGAGAUGAGACUGGGAUCGUUCCCUAGAAAAGAGAUAGGCGAAAUAUGAUCGCCCUGAAAAGGGCAUAUUGACAUCA